AUGACACUGGACGCAGACGAAGCUUGCGGCGUGGAGCGCGAGGAUGAAUACACCGCUCUGCGCUGCUCCAUUACUCCAAUAGCUCUCACGCUGAUUGGCGGAUCGGCUGUACUUUUCGUUUUGGCCGUAUACGACGGCCUGCAACCCGUCGAAAUCGGCAGCGAUUCCUACGAUAAUAUGACGUCGUGGCAGUUGGCUCAUUACGUGACGUAUCCCAAUGGGACGCGCUACUUCAAUUAUACACGGGAGGGCUCCGACGUGAUGGAAACGCUGGAGACGUUCACGUUGUUUGAUUAUUUCCAGCAGGGCUGGUUCCACUACCAUUUCGGGGACUCGUGGGGCAGCCUGUGCUGGCCACGAAAUAGCACCGAGGACGUCCCCUCAACGUUUUCGUUAUUUAGGGCCAUGCAGUUGCGCUGGCUCAGCCAGACCCUCAUCCGAGCAAUUGUCCUCUUUACGAUGCCCUUCCGCAUCUUUGCGACCGUUUUCGUGUGUUUUGGGCGUAUGAACGCUGCCAAGACGGGGUGGAUGAGGGCGCUCAGCUGCUUGGCGAUAUUUUUGACGGUCGCCGAGUGUCUGCUAGCUUUUUCCUUGGCGGACUUGCAUCUUUGGCAGGACCCAAAUUUGCUCUUUUUGCUCAAACCAUGCGCGUUUUUCUUCUUCGUCGUGGCGCCCCUGAGGAUGAUCACGAUUUGCCAAGUGCUUCACUUCAAGAAAGCCCUACUCUCCCCACCCGUAAUGCUAUGCCUCGGCUGCGUCUUUGUGACACUCACUUGUUCCCGGCCGAUCUACGACGACAUCACGGCUUUUAUAUUGCACCCAAAUUGCGAUGUCUACGCCAGCAGCGAUCAAAUGAUGGCGUGGAUGGGGCUGGCGAUGGCUAUGUUCACGUGGGCGGUGCACGAGGCAUUCGCUGUCUCGAGCUUUCACAUUCUCGUCGUGCCGCUGCCCUGCGAAUUCGAGUGGAAUCGGGCAAACUCCGCCCACUAUCAACCGGCCUACACGAUGCAGGAAAAUCGGAAAACUUUUGCGGAAAAUCACCUUAAAAUCGACCGUUACCCCCUGGAUUUCAUAGCGUUCCCGAAAAAGGACCAUGCCGACAUCCACCUUUCAAUUACCGUAUCCCCGCACUCCUAUUUUGUGACCUCACUGGUGUGUCGA